GACUCCAGCAACCGAAGCUCACAGACAUCCCGAGCAUCCUCUCCCAUUCCCAGCAAAAUCAUGAUGAUCCUCAGCCUGGUUCUCCUGUCCGUGGCCGCGGUCCUGGCCGAGCCCGAGGCCCCCGUGCGCCGCUAUGCUGUCGGCGCCCCCUCAUCGCCCACCCUGGCGUACUUAGCCGCCCCCCUGGUGGUGGGCUCGCAGCGCGCCGCCCCCGCUGUCCCCGCCCCCGCCGCCGCCCUGCUGGCCCUCAACGCCCCGGCCUACCCCGCCACCCAGCAGUACAUCGUCAGGAACUACAACGGCAUCAGCACCCUGGCGCUAGAGCAGCAGCAGGCCUACCCAUUCGCCGCCCCUCUGGUUGCCGCCCCCGCCGCCCCCGCUGCUCCCGCCGCCCCCGCUAGGUACGUGGUGACGAGCGCACCGGCCACACCAGCCCGUUUUGUCGUCGCCGAGCCUGAGCCAACCCCCGUCAGGUACUACUCCCCCAACUCCAACCUGGUCUUCGCCGCCCCCGCCGCCUCUGCCGCCCCAGUCGCCCCUACCGCUCGCUACGUCGAGGUGAACCCCGCUUCCAGAGUGUACGCCGUCGCACCACAGCCCGCUCCUGCUGCCCCAGCCCCAGCCCCCGCUGCCGCCGUGUUCGCCGUCGCCCCUGAGGCAGUGUCUUCCAGCUCGCAGUACUUCUCCAGGAACUACAACGGCGUGCCCCAAGUCACUUACUUCGUGGUGGGCCCCGCCCCCGUGACUGCCCCCGUGGCCGUGGCACCCCAGCAAGGAUCCGUCCCCGCCCGCCGCCCCGCCCCCGGCACCAACCCCACCCCUGCAGGAGAGCCCGUCAACCAGGGAGACGUCGAGGUACUCGACGCCUAAAUCUGGUCUUCGGGUAUGUUGAUAAAUGAAAGAGUGAAGAUGGUGGUAGACAAUAAAUGAUUGUGAGCAGCGA